GAACGUUGAAAUUAAGUGAUUUUUCGUUUAUUUAAAAAGGGAAACUUCACUAACUUCAAUCAAUCAAGUUGUUACUGUGUACAUCAAUAUGGUAUCCAAAAAGUUCCUCACAAUUUUUGUAUUUCUAAACGUUGUUUUGUAUUCAACAGCAGAAUUGACACCGUCAGAUGUAACAGUACUAAAAUCGGCAUGGGAAAAAGCAUCGAAAAAACCUGUGGAUUAUGCUAAAAAUUUGGUAGUAAAACUAGUGGACGAAGUGGCAGUUCCCAUUGUAUCAGACAUGCUUCCAUUAGUGAAUUUCAUUAUACCUAAAGAGUCGACUGAUAAAGUUAUGAAAUUGAUAACUGAUGUAAAAGGUCUUUCCGCUUUACCUGAAUUCCAAAAGUACGUCAACGCCUUCGCCGAUAUCAUUUCGACGGAUAUUCUACCUAAAGUUGAUUUAUUAGUCGACAUUGUUAAUAAUCGCGAAGAAUAUGCAAAGAAGUAUCUCAAAAUGGUGGUGGACAUCGCAUUAGCUUGCUUCCAUUCAAUCUUAGAGAAAACUAGAGUUGUGGUGGACGAUUUCAUGACUAAUGAUUGGACUGCAGAAGAAAGGAAAGCUGUUAAUAAAAUUAUCGAUGAAUUGGAUACAAUCGAUAAGGCCCUAAUCCAGAGAAUGUUAUCUUAUAUUUAAUUCCAAGAAAAAAAUAUUCCCCAAAAUGCGCGUUGAAUACUUGAAUAUUCGUUGAUCUGUAAUUAUUAUAAAAAACGCAAAUAAAAAUUUUUAAAAAUA